CCCGGUACUGCAUACGAGCUUGACAACCUUCGGGAAUAAGCAAGAAAGUCGUGUGGUAUUAACAAAUAAUCCUAGGGGUAUGAAAGGAGAUUAGUUGGAUAGGCUUGGUUUGAAUGUAUAAAUAGUGGAAGUUGAAGUGUCAGGUUUCGUUGAAUUAUAAUAACAAAUGGUAGCUUCUAGGCUGACGCGAGCCACAGCAAUUGCGUAUACUUGCUUGGCUACGCUUGCCUCACAAUAUCAAUGACGUAAUAUACGAUGUUAACUGCAACAUUUUUAACAUAAACCGAAUUGAUGGUAAAUACUGGAUAGUAGGGUAUAUGUUAGAAAUCAAAGAAGUGAUUACAAUAGGAACACAACCCCCUGCUUUUGAUUUGCAACAUUCACUUGUUACAUUUUGCAACUGCAAAGCAUAUUACCGUUGAAAAUUAAUAUAUAUAUUCGAUAAGGUAACCAAAGAAUAUAGAGCAAACUAAAAACAGAACUCUUGUUAAGAACCAUAAAAGGGAAAUGAUUGUGUAAUUUCAAAAAUAAACUGCUACAAAAGCAGCAACAAGGCUUCAUACAAUGACUUUCUAAUAGACAACAUAGCGCUUAUGGUUUACUUUGUCAAACUCAAUGUCGGACUUUCCAUUAUUUCCAUUUCCGUUAGAAUUGGUAUGGAUAUCCCCUUUGUAUGGACCAUUUUCCCUGGCCCCCAGAACCUAGAAGAUUUCCUCCCUUUGCCUGGCUUCCUUGGUUAUUCACAGGUUUACUUCGGAGCCUGAUGUUGUUGUUGCCUUGACUGCAACGAUAAUUAUCACCAUC